UACUACCAGUUCUCCAAGGCUUUGCCCAUGGGCCUAGCAGGUACACUGCGCUCUACCACAAGUAUUCUCGAGCUCCAAGCGCUCGGCCAUAUGGGAUCCAAGCCCCUAGCCGGCCGCUCUCUUUCCCUGCUCAUUGUAAACCUCACCGGCUACCCAUUCAUGUACGGGCUGGGCGGCGCCCUCGAGACCCUCUGCAGCCAGGGCUUUACGGCGACCGUCCCGGGCACAAAGAAAAUCGGCGUUUACGUGCAACACGCCAUUUGGCUCUUCCUCCUAGCCAACGUAUUUUUGGCCAUUCUCUGGCUCAACCCGAAAACAUUUCUGUCAAUGUUGAAUGCCGAUGCGGAGGUUCUGCAUUAUGCCAAGGUGUACUUGGCCUUUGAGUGCCUGUACUUUCCAUUCAUUAUCGUGCAGACCUGCUUGAAGCGCUUCUUGCUGGCCCAGGGUCUGAUGCAACCCACUGUUGGCUUUGAGAUGGCUGGGUUGGUUGGAAUGUGGGCGGGACUGAGGCUAUUUGGGGAUUCCGGCUGGAAUCUGGGCUUCAUUGGCGUGCCCCUUGCGUCGACCAUUGCGUAUUUCGCUGUGCUGCUCGCCAACGCCCUGUACAUAUACAUGAUGCCGUGUCGCACUGGGCGUGCCUGCGCUAUAUCCGGGAUCGCCUCCUAUGGCUUCUCUGACCUCGCCACUCUCGCCGUCACAUCUCUGGGUGCCCACGGACUGGCCAUCCAGGCCGUGCUCAACUCCAUCAAGGGUGCGUUUGCCCGCACUGGCUCUUACCUCAGUAUGGUGAUCAGCUCGCGCACCGGUAACUUGCUCGGCGACCGCAACCCGCAGGGUGCCAGGCUUUCGGCCAACGUCAGUGUUCUCAUGACCCUGCUUUCUGCCACCCUCAUUGCCUUCCCUAUGCUUGUCUCCCCUAAACUUAUCGCGUCGUUCAUUACCAAGGACCCGGAGCUUAUAUUGGGUUUGGUCCCGCUAAUGCCCUUGUUGGCUCUGGUCACGGUGUUGGACGUCGUGUCUAAUGUGCUGACUGGCGUGCUGAGGGGCCAGAGCAGGCAGGCGGUGGCGGCAGUGGUUCGGGUAGUGGCAUUGUACGUGGUUGCUGUGCCAUUGGCGUGGCUCUUGUGUUUUGCUGUUGGAUGGGGGUUGGCUGGGCUUUGGGUCGGGAUGGCUGUGGGUUUUGUGCUUAUUGCUGGGACUGAGGCUUGGUUGGUGUUUACUUCGGACUGGGUGGCGGAAACAGAGCGCUGUAUGCAACGCAUUGGCGCUGCAAAAUGGCCCUUGUCGCCGCUGUUGGCUGAGGCUGCGCCGAUUGACGAGUCAACGCCGUUGUUUCAAUGAAUUUUUUCAUUGUUUUUGUUUUUGUUUUUUUGCCAAAAUGUGCAGAACAAAAAAAUUACUUUUGAUACAUGUUUUAUUUUUUUAAAUUAUUUAAUACAUUAUUCAUAUAUAUA